GGCCCAAGAAAGCUGUCGCGAUAAUUACCUAUUACCUAUUACCUAUUACCUACUGUAGGCUCGGCUUCUCAGGGGAAGCUGCUUGCGUCAAAAGACAACCCAGACCCACCUAUUUCCCCAAGUUGGACCAAGGCCCGAUCCACCCGAUUCGCCUGGCUCCCUGGUCAGGCCCAAGGCCCCAAGUUUUCGGGAAGGCCCUUCGACCAGCCAAUCAACUGCCAGGCGCGUCUUUUGAUAUUGCACCGCUCCGACCGACAGCCUCGUCUCUGCUCAGCCAGCAACUCACUGCGUGUUCGAGAAGAUCAGGUUUCUUCCCGUCUCGAGCACGUGAGAAAGUAGCAGAAACCAAGGGAAGAGAUUAAAGACGACUAAAAGUCACACCACGUACCUGGUUGAAGAGAAAAGACCAUGUCCAACAAGAGGCGGAAGGUCCAGCAACACGGCUCAAGGCUCAAGGGCCAGCUCAAGGGGCUCGGCACUCCGGGGCUCAAACACAAGGUCCCCAAGCCGGGCAAGAGCCACGGGAAACCCGGCCAGAACCUAGCAUCAAAAUCAGCAUCAGCAUCGGCAGCAAAGGCGCCCACCAAACCCAAGAAACAGCAGCAGAACCAGCGACCCACCAUACCAUUUUCGUCCUCGGACUCCAUUCUUCUGGUCGGUGAGGGCGACCUCAGCUUCGCGAGGUCUCUGGUCGAGCACCAUGGCUGCGUCGACGUGACCGCCACCGUUCUGGAGAAGGACCUCGACGAAUUGGUGGCCAAGUACCCGCACGCGGCCGAGAACGUCAAGGCCAUCGAGUCGUCCUCGCCGACGCCGCCGGCUGGCUGUGAUGCGGACGCCAGCAGCGCCAGGAGCACAAAAAGCAACAGGGUCCUCUUUGGCGUCGACGCGCGCAAGAUGGCUCCGCUACCAGGCGGCAAGCAACGCAGCAAGCAGACCGGCGGCGGCGGCGGCGGCAGCGGCAGCGGCAGCGGCAGCAACAGCAGUACCAAAACCGGCACCUGCUGGGACCGCAUCGUCUUCAACUUCCCCCACGUCGGCGGCAAGAGCACCGACGUCAACCGCCAGGUGCGCUACAACCAGGAGCUGCUCGUCGACUUCUUCGGGUCCGCCUCGGCGCGCCGCUGCCUGGCGCCGGGGGGCGCCAUCGUCGUGACCCUGUUCGAGGCCGAGCCCUACACGCUCUGGAACGUCCGGGACCUGGCCCGCCACUCGGGCCUGCAGGUCGGGCGCAGCUUCGCCUUCAGCGCCGGUGCCUACCCGGGCUACCGCCACGCCCGCACCCUCGGCGUCGUCCGCUCCGCCGGCGGCAAGGGCGACGUCAGCAGCGCCGCCUGGCGGGGCGAGGACAGGGCCGCGCGGAGCUAUGUCUUUUACCGCAAGGGCGAGGUGCCGCCGCCCCCUGCGCCCAAGGGCGGGAGGAAGAAGAGGAAGCUGAGCGGGGACGACGACGACGAUGACGAUGAAGACGACGGAGAUGACGAUAGAGGAGAUCAAAUCCGUGGCGAUUCGUUAAAUAGCGGAGAUGAUAACGAUGACGACCAAGACGACGACGACGACGACGACGACGAUAAAGACGAGGACAACGGCGAUCCGUCUGGCGCCGAUAGCGACGGGGACGAUCCUUCCGACAACUAGACAAGUUCCACGGACCACGCCGAGUAAGCACGCCAGUCCUUCCGUUUCAUUCAGUCGGUAGCAUCCGCCACAUGAUGGUAUAGCCACCUACCACCAUCACAGCAAGGCGCAUGCAUAGCCUUGGAAGCCUUGUAGUAGCACUGCUCAAGCCACCAAACGGCACACAGAACGCCUUCUCGAUCCUUGUACACCGUAUCCUCUAGGGCGCUAGUCGGUGACAAAGCACCGCGGAAUCUGUAUAUUUGGGAUGCCUUGGUUAUUCGAUAAUAUCUCACCAGAGCCCCUGGAAGUAUCAGCCAUUUAGCCCGUCGUAUACGGAGCGAGCCCGAGAUUCAACAUGAGUUUUU